CACAAACAAGGCUGCAGUGAGAGCUGCAUGUUUGUAAGGUCGGGACCCACAUUAGUGCUUCCAGCCUCAUUUGGGACAGGAUUUAUAACUCUGGAGAGAAGGAAGGUGGAGGGGAAGUUUACACAACCUUCUUUGAUUCAUCUCUGGUGUAAAAAUGCUGCAUGGCUGCCUCCCUGGUGUUCAGACUUCACGACAAAGGUCCCAAGCUGGUGCGGGAGGUGCUUCUCGAGCGAGGAUGGGAGGAAUACGACGAAGAAGAGAGAGAGGACGAGGACUGGAACCUGUACUGGAGGGGCUCUGCCUUUCGAAACGCCCAGUAUCACAACCUGUUGCCAUGGCAGCGACUCAACCACCAUCCCAAGACUGCUGGUAUCACACGCAAGGACUGCUUGGCCCGCAACCUGAGGAGGAUGAGAGCCACAUUCGGUUCGGCUCUUUAUGACUUCAGUCCCGUCGCCUUCAUCCUCCCCAACGACUACACCCGCUUCCUGUCUGAAUACGACAAACUGCGCCCGUCCCGAGGACCUCCGGCGUACUGGAUAUGUAAACCUGUAGAUCUCUCCAGAGGCCGGGGAAUCUUCCUCUUCGAGGACCUCAAAGACUUGGUCUACGACUGCCCGGUGAUCGUGCAAAGGUACAUCAGCGACCCUCUGCUGAUCUCCGGCUACAAGUUCGACCUGAGGAUCUACGUUUGUGUAAAGAGUUUCCACCCGCUGACGGUUUACAUCCACCAAGAAGGCCUGGUGCGCUUUGCCACCGAGAAGUACGACCUGGCAUCGCUGCGGAACUUUUACGCUCAUCUGACCAACACCAGCAUCAACAAGUUGGGCCCGUUCUACAGGACAGAGAAAGAAAGAGUCGGCCGAGGGUGCAAGUGGACCAUGAGCAAGUUCAGGCAUUUUCUUCACAGCCAAGACGUCAACCAGAAUCUUUUAUGGCAGAGGAUCAACAACAUCGUGACCCUGUCCCUCCUCACGAUCGCUCCAUCCGUCCCUUCCUGUCCCAACUGUCUGGAGCUCUUCGGCUUUGACGUCCUCGUCGACGUUCGGUUUAAACCUUGGCUGCUGGAGGUCAACUACAGCCCGGCGUUGACUCUGGACUGCCCAGCUGAUGUCGCAGUGAAGAAAAGGCUGAUCGGCGAUCUCGUCGAUCUGAUGAACUACACGUUGGUCGACGGCUUGAGAGAGAAGGCUUAUCAGAGACGAGGGUGCGAGAAGUCUCGGUUCCACGCUAACCUGCCCGCAAAUUCUUCAAUACCCGUGUUCCCAAAGUUUAAGAAACCCAAAUUCCUAAAGCAAAGUAGUGGAACCCAGCCGUUGCAAACUCAGGCACUUCCUGUUCUUAAAACGAAUCACCGGUUUGAAAAAAGACAACACAAGCAGAGUUCUGUUGUAGCUUACACUCAAAGAUUUCUUCCCCCAGUUGACUUAAACAAGAGACAGGCAACCGGGGACAGGAUCAUUGCCAAAAACCAAAGGGACAAGACCCUGAACUGGAUACUCGGCCCACAUUCAAGGACAAAUGUGACGACGGUAAACAGACAGGCAUGCCCAGCUCUUGCUGCGAGGCUGACGGACAACAGAAGUCUCCUCAAGUCUGAGGUUACAAACUGUGACGACACUGAAACAGAAGCUGAGGCCGAUGGGCUCUCAGCAGAGACAGACGUUUCCUCUUCGGUACUUGAUACCCCACAGAGGGGGCAUGGACUCAGAUGUCCUGCUGUGCCCUGGAAGCUCCCAGACAUUCACAGUGGGAGACACGAGCAGGAGAGGAUUCAUUUCGAGGAGAACACGACACACAACAGACAACAUGUUCCUCCACUCAGAGUCGGAGACUUCAUACGAACGUUUCCAUUUAACACGGCCACCCUGAGGGCCGCACAGCAGGAACUGGAUAUUAAAGUUAUCACACGGGAGCUCCAGAAGCUGACGGGUCGGCUGGCUAAAGCAGACAAAAAGAGGAGGACGGAAAAAGAGGAGGAGAAGAAAGACGAAGAUGAAGAAGACUUUGAUUCACUGCUGUGGGGGCCAAAAGAUCCUCCUCUGAUUAGUCAGUGCUUGAAAAGACAAUAGGUAAUGUUACUAUUUUAUACAAUUUGCUGGUUUGAUUAUGACCUUUUAAGCUGUGAGGUUGAAAUCAAGAUCUGGCACAGGAAGCAUAUCGACUUGCAGAGCGUGGACGUGUAAUGACCCCAUCUUUUGUCCGUCCUCAUGAAUUAUUGUCGGGGUGCUUAAAGACCACUUAACAGCGUUUUAUAAACCCGUAUGAUAUGACACUAACAUGAUUUAAAGCGUGGACACAAAGGUGAACUCUAGAUCUUCAAAACGAUAGAAACACAGGUUAAGAUAACAGAAAUUAGAUUUUUUUAAGAUGUGCAGCGUAUUUUACUGUUUCUUAUCUAUUUAUGGUAUUUUACAGGGUAUCUGUCUCACCAUGACAAAAUAUUUAAUUAUUAUUAACAAACCAAAUAUAUCAGUCUAAAGGCCUCGCACACUGAAUCUUUUUUUUGCGAUGCAGUUUUUUGAGCGUUUAUUUUUCUAGUAAUAUCAAAAAUUUGCAGUAUGAGCCAAAACGUCUGUGAAGAUUUUUCACUCCUUGAAAAAACAACAACAACAACAGGCUCGGUCCACAUGAAAAACCAGACCAGAGCGAGGAGAGUUUCACCUGUCAAUCAAGGAGAGUUUUGUCUUGUCGAUAAAGGAGCUGCAGUUGUAUUUCAGGAUGGUCCAGUUUGAUACGCUGCUAGCUUUACUGGAAUCGCACAGUAAAAAGAAGAAUACCAAUAUAUGUGAAGCGACAGAUCCUUAAGAGCGGCUGGCAGCAUGUUUGAGGUAGGGGAUGCUACAGACACCCACCCAAACACAAUGGCCGGAUGCGAAAAAACACAGAAACCUGUUCGAAAAGAAAUAAAAACUGACUAAAGUUUUGGGCUCAGUGUGCAAACAUGACCGACAUAAAAUCAGAUUGUAUUUCUUUUCAAGGUUCAUCUAUUUCGUGUGAAAAUAAGACUUGGUGUGCAAUGCCCUUAAAGGCUUUAUAUGUGAUUUUUUGAUCCAGCAGAUGUCGCCCUUGAGCACCAGCAUGAAAC